AUGAAAAGGUAUAUUUGCAUAGUACUGAUCCUCUUAAGUUGUACGCUGAGUUCUGCUCGGGCGCAAACAACGGAUAUCCCAGAAACCACAGAGAAUACGGUAACCACGGAUGUCCCAGAGAGUACUACUUUUAAGAUCCCAUUCUAUUACUGCCCUAGGUUUGAGGGCACUGCAGUAGAUCUGAAAGGCCUUUCCGGCUUCUGGUUUGAGACGGCUCGCGGCUAUAACCUGGAUAAAAUGGAAUGCCUGAACUACACAGUGCCCGACAGCCCCAACGAUAAGAACAUGGUGGAGCUGCAGCUUGAGUAUGUGGAUGCCGCCAACAGCAAAUGGGAUAGCGUCAAGAAAUCCACGUCGUUGCUCUGGGAUGAUAAUGCCAAGAAUGGCAUCUUCACAUGGAAUAUCGAGGAGUCUAGCAGUAAGACCGUCACCUAUAAGUUGCUUGAAACGGACCUUACUUCCUACGCCUUGUUCUGUGGCAACUCAGAUAGCACGAGCCUUCCGCUCUUCAAAGUCUGGACACGUAAUCGCCACCUGACUGACGAGCAGAAGAUCUUCAUCCAAGACAAGUUCAAGGAAAUGCUAAAUCUCCAGUACCUCAACUAUGUGGAGCAAUCAGAGGAAAAGUGCAACAACUCCGCCAUGAGAGCCGCCGGAGGAGCUUUUCUUGUACUGAUACUUGCGCUCAUCGCAGGUGCUAGAAAUAUUUAAGAUGUGAAUAACUACCUACUGAAGUAGCUUCUCCAUA